UCCAUUUCUUCCUUUCCUUCUUCCUUCCUCCUUCCUCCUCCUCCUCCUCUGUUGGUUCUUGGCACUGCCUUGGAGCUCUCAAAAACCAAAGCCAUGGGCCUCCUCAGAUCGGCGGCGGGCGACGCCGUCCUCACCUGCCUCUGGGUCACCAGCGUCUCCACCGUCGGCACCCUCACCUACCUCGCCGCCACCGCCCUCUCCGUCCCGCCCCAGUCCGCCGCCGGCCUCCUCCUCACCACCGCCCUCGUCGCCGCCCUCGUCCUCCUCUUCAGCGUCCUCGGCGCCCUCCUCGGCGGCGCCAGCUUCAACCCCGCCACCACCGUCGCCUUCCGCGCCGCCGGCCUCCGCCCCGACGCCUCCCUCCUCUCCAUGGCCGCCCGCUUCCCCGCCCAGGCCGCCGGGGGCGUGGCCGGCGCCAACGCCAUCCUGCGGCUGAUGCCGGCCGCGUACAGGCACAUGCUGCGGGGCCCGUCGCUGAAGGUGGACCUGCACACGGGCGCCGCCGCCGAGGGCGCGCUGACCUUCGCCAUCAGCCUCGCCGCCCUGGUGAUCUUCGUGAAGGGGCCGAGGAGCCUGCUGGUGAAGGUGUGGCUGCUGGCGAUGGCGACGGUGGGGCUGGUGGUGGUCGGGUCGAGCUACACCGGGCCGGCGAUGAACCCGGCGAACGCGUUCGGGUGGGCGUACGUGAACGACCGGCACAACACGUGGGACCAGUUCUACGUGUACUGGAUCUGCCCCUUCGUGGGUGCGGUCUUCGCCGGUUGGGCGUUCAAGCUCCUGUUCCCAGUCCAGAAACCCAAGGAGAAGAAGGCCUGAAGAAAGAACACACGAGGAACAAAAAAAGGGGGUUCGUCUUUUCCGUCGAUUCUUGCUCUUCGAUCUCUUCACCUUGUCGAUGUGAACAAUCGAAUUCGAAAGGGACAAAUCCCAACCGCCAUUAACGCAUGUGUAGAAGCUUUGGGUGACUGUAGUCUAGAACAGAGCGAGCUUUUGAACACCGCGCAGGUUCUGAAAAGCGAAAAAUGAAAAACCCAUCGUCCCA